CUGACACUCGAGAUAGUAUACAUCUGUCCUAUCCUGCCUUCAAAUCUCAUAGAUCCAGCGCGACCGUGGUGUUCGGUGCCCGGAUGCCGAAAUGUCAAAAGGGACGCUGCAUCGCUGGAACCCAGCUUGUCGCAAGCUCUACAGUCCGGUCUGCCGUCCAUCCGACCAUCAGCUCUUACAGGGUGGCCCCGACACGGCCCAGCAGAUUGGCGAUCUGUUGCACUGUUCGUGGGGCACAUGUCGUCGUACCACGCAGAAGCGAUAGCUAGCUCAACCGUGGCGCGCCCGAGUCUUAUAGGCCCUCCACGUAACAGUCUACGGGCCGCACCGCAGCAUCGCCAUGCUCGUCGGGUGCAGCACCCCGAGCCACUCGGGCUUGUCGCCAACGCCGAAUUUCACGAGUUCUUCGGCAGGCCCCAAGGCGUUGCGUUGCGUAUGUCGUCUGAGCCCCGGACGAGCCCCUCAAUUUGCAGCACGGAUAGCAUCCCGUGGGAACGAACGCCCUCGCUUUGCGCGUUCAGUACUAUGCUAUGAAAUUG